CUCCACUUCAAGUUUGAAACAUAUCAGAGAGAAAGAACUGUUUUUGUGAGAUAAAGCUGUUAGAGGAACAAGGAAGGAAUGGGAAUGAAAGAAAUUGGAUGGUUAGCGUUGCUCUUAUUCUACCUUCUUUGUCUAUCAUCAUCUUCUUCUUUACGUGAUAUAGCUUGUGUGCAGGAAUACUUUGCAGGAGAUAAGGGGAUAAACGAGACAAUGUCAAAAAGAGCAGAACCCGCAUGCUAUACAUUGGUCAGCAGGCGUGGUGGUGGUGGUCAUGGUGCGCAUGAUUAUCAUGGCGCCGUUGAAGGCGGCAAUAGUGGUGGUAGUGGUCGUGGUGGUGGUAAUCUGAAUGAUGAGAGAUCAAAAUUUCCGUUAAUUGUGAUAGCUGGUAGCACCGCAGCCAACCACCACCGUAACUCCAAUGGCAAUGCCGGAACUGACAAAAGUAGCUAUCCUAUGCUAACAAUGUUGGUGGCUGCCUUCUUGUCCUCGUUUGUUUUAUAGUUACAUGGCUUUGGGAUCUAGUGACUGAUUUCUAAUUAAGAUGAAUAUUAAGAUAAUAUACAAAGAAAAAGUUUGUAUAUAUAUA